GCUCUGCCGCCAGCUAUGGAGAGGGAGGUCAUAUUUUGCCAAAAGUGGCACAGUGCGCUUUGGUUUUCUCUUUUGAUGAUGGUGUGUUUAUUUCAAGCAGAUAAAGCUGAGAUAACCUGCAGGUCAUGUCAGGAUGGAAAUAAGUGGCGUGCGCAGGAAUUACUGUUGAAUUUUAACACGCAUGAAUCCGCAACAGGAUUAAAUGGAGAAGUUUUUGGACAUGAGGACGGGGCAGGGAGAGGCGAGGCUGCAGGUGCCGAAAGUCGGCGGCGGCUCCGUUGCGCAGCUGGAUCCGCUGAAUGCGCUCCAGAUCGGGGGGAAUACACAGAGCAGAGGCUGAAACGGAAUACUGAAGGCGAGUUUGCCAAGAUGAAAGUUUCUCAUGUUAAAAUGAGUGUGAGUGGUCAGGGCAAGACCGGUGAUGGAGAUGGUGAUGGCGCAGGUCCUGACUCUGCAAGCCACUAUAGAAAGCGCGCCAGAAGGAACAGCGAUGUCAGAUCCAGCGGUUCAACUCAGAGUCAACACCCGGGAGAGGGCAUCAGCUCGGCGGCUGGACGCAGAGUGACACGCUCCGAGCUGCGCUGGAGCAGAGAGGAGAGGAGAGCCGGUGGCAAGCAGGAGGAGCUCAAACUUAACAGUACCACAUUCGCCUUGACCGGAGAUUCAUCUCACAACCAGGCUAUGGUGCACUGGUCCGGCCAAAACAGCAGCGUGAUUCUGAUGCUGACCAAACUAUUCGACUUCAACCUCAACAGUGUGACUGAGAGUUCAUUAUGGAGGUCAACCGACUACGGAGCAACAUACCAGAAGCUGAAUGACAAAGUAGGAGUGAAGACAAUACUCAGUUAUUUAUACGUGAGCCCCAACAACAAGAGGAAGAUCAUGCUGCUGACUGAUCCAGAAGUGGAGAGCAGUCUUCUGAUCAGCUCUGACGAAGGAGCCACCUACCAGAAGUACCGGCUGAACUUCUACAUCCUCAGCCUGCUCUUCCACCCCGAGCAGGAGGACUGGAUUCUGGCCUACAGCCACGACCAAAAGCUCUACAGCUCGGUGGAGUUUGGGAGGAGGUGGCAACUGGUGCACGAGAGAGUGGCUCCCAAUCGUUUCUACUGGUCGAAAAUGGGUUUGGACAAAGAGCCCGGCUUAAUUCACCUGGAAACCAGCAUCUCUGAAGGACAGGCGCUGUAUGUCACCUGCAAGCUGCAGAACUGCACAGAUGCCAACAAGGGCAAACCAUUCCCCGGCUACAUUGACCCCAAUUCUCUGGUGGUGCAAGAUGAGUAUGUGUUUGUCCAGGUGUCAACUGCAGGGAGGCCAAUCUACUAUGUGUCUGCUACAAGAGAUGUCUUUACACCAAUGAAACUGCCCAAGUACACUUUGCCCAAGGACUUGCAUGUGAUCAGCACGGAUGAAAAUCGCGUCGUGGCAGCCGUACAGGAGUGGAACCAGAAUGAAACCUAUAACCUGUACGUGUCCGACACAUCAGGGGUCUACUACACUCUGGCUCUGGAGAAUGUCGUCAGCAGCAUGGGCCCUGAAGGCAACGUGAUGGUAGACCUAUAUGAGGUAGCAGGAAUAAAAGGGAUGUUCCUCGCCAACAAAAAGACAGAUAACCAAGUGAAGACGCACAUCACCUACAACAGAGGCAGAGACUGGAGGUUACUGCAGGCCCCGAACAAAGACCUAAGAGGAAACAACAUCCACUGCGUGCUGCCGUACUGUUCAUUACAUCUCCAUCUUCACGUGUCUGCAAAUCCCUACACAUCUGGAAACAUCGCCAGCAGGGACUCGGCUCCAGGGAUCAUCGUCGCAUCAGGCUCCAUCGGCUCUGAGCUGACCACCAGCAAUGUCAGUGUGUAUAUCACCUCGGAUGCGGGAAACGCAUGGAGACAGAUCUUUGAUGAGGAGUAUGCGGUGCUGUAUCUCGACCAAGGAGGGGCCUUAGUCGCAAUAAGACACACUCCGCUUCCCAUCCGACACCUGUGGUUGAGCUUUGACGAAGGACGGCAGUGGAGCAAGUACAGCUUCACCAGCACGCCUCUGUUUGUGGACGGAGUGCUGGGAGAGCCAGGGGAAGAGACUCUCAUCAUGACAAUAUUUGGUCAUGUCAGUCAUCGCUCAGAGUGGCAGCUGGUGAAAAUAGACUACAGGUCCAUCUUCAACAGGAGGUGCAUGGAGGCAGAUUAUCAGACGUGGCAUCUACACAACCAGGGUGAGCCGUGCCUCAUGGGAGUGAAAAGAAUCUACCGGAAGCUGAAGCCCAUGUCCAGGUGCGUGAUGGGGAAGACGUACUCGGUUUCCAUGACGUCAGGUCCAUGUGACUGUACAGAGGCUGACUUUGAAUGCGAUUACGGUUACGAGAGACGGACCGAUGGCAAGUGCAACCCCGCCUUUUGGUUCCAUCCAUCAGCCAUGUCCAGGAGUUGCACCACGGGGAUGACGUUCCUUAACAGCACCGGAUACAGGAAGGUGGUCUCUAAUAACUGUACAGCUGGGGUCAGUAUGGAGUAUACAGCCAGGAGGCAGCAGUGUCCCAUCCAAGCACCUAAAGGUCUCCACCUGGUCACCAGUGAGGGCACCUUAACGGCCACAUUAGGCACCAAUGUCACCUUCCUAGUUUUCCUGGAAGAGGGCGACGGGGCGAAGACGAGCAUCACGCUGGACUUUGGUGACGGCCACGCGUUGACGUAUUCCAACGUGAGCUCCAUUGAGGACGGGAUUAAACAUAUCUACAAAGCUGUGGGAAUCUACCGGGUGACCGCCACCGGGGAGAACAACCUCGGCUCAGAGACCGCCGUGCUCUAUCUGCACGUAGCAUGUCAGCUGGAGUAUAUCCAUCUCUCAGCUCCCUUUGUGGCGGUGAGGAAUAAGGAAGUGAAUCUGACUGCCGUUCUGUGGCCCAGCCAAGUGGGAACGGUCACCUACAUCUGGUGGAUCGGAAAUAACACAGAGCCAGUAAUCACCCUAGAGGGAAGUGUGGCAUGCACGUUCUCCCGGGAAGGCAUCAAUACAGUCACUCUGCAGGUGUCCGCAGGGAAUACUAUUCUGCAGGAUAGAAAAGACAUUGCUGUCCAUGAAUAUUUUCGUUCUCAUCUGCUCGCUUUUUCAUCAAACCUGGACGAUCACAACCCCGAUGUUCCAGAAUGGAGACAGGACGUGAGCCGAGUCAUCAGAAACUCUCUGAUCCAGGCUACUGGCGUCAGAGAGGAUCAGCUUCUGGUCACCGUCCUCCCAGGGUUACCAACAACAGCAGAGUUUUUCCUUCUGCCUGACAAACUGUUGACGGAAGGGAAACCAGAAAAAAGCUCAGCUCAUUUAGAUCAGCUCUCUGAGGUUUUGCUCAUCGCCUUGAAUCAAAACCUUGUCCAGUUCACAUUGCGGCCAGGGGUCCAAGUCACAGUCUACGCAGCACACCUAUCAGCAGCGCCCCUUGUGGACACCAGUGAGAACCACAGUGGCUCUGCCAUGCUAAUGCUGCUAUCAGUAGUGGUUGUGGGUUUAGCUGUAUUUGUCAUCUACAAAUUCAAGAGGAAGAUCCCAGGCCUCAACGUCUAUGCGCAGAUGCAGAACGAAAAAGAACAAGAAAUGAUGAGUCCAGCUAAUCCAACAGAGGCCGCGCCCAGCUCACAGCGGGACUUGGUGCCUUCUUUGGAGAUUCUGGACACAGAGUUCAACUCACGGCCCAUCGGAUGUAUGAAACCUCAUGUACAUGUGAAAUUCUCCACAGAACUCCCCACAUACAUCGUCUGAACGCUGGACUGGAUUACCACUACAGCUGCGUCAUGGAUAUUUUUUACCAUUUGGGACACAAUGGUUUUGAGCUUUAUACCUGUGCAUG